UACCCAGUGAUCAUCAUGCCACUUCCAUACCCCAAUGUAGGCUGCUUUCUAUGCUGGAGAACCCGGAGUGAUCCCACAUGCACCUCCAAACAUUUUUUCUUGUGAUUUUUAAGGGAGAUUUUAUUUAGAGGCGGUGCUUGUUGGCUCCAGAGUAGCGUCGUAACGACACUUUUUUCCCCCCAGUCCCUGUUAAAAGAGUUAGACCGGGGCCAGAGUUGGUGCUGGGGGGUCGCCUAUAGUUUAGUAAUUUCCUGGGGGGUAAUUGCUGCGUGUUUUGUUUUUUUAUCCCAUCAGAUUUUCUAUUUUAUUUUUGUUUUUUUAUUUUUCUACUUCUCUCAAAUAUCGCCACCUUCUCACUCUCAAGAUCUGAUACCCCUUCGAGAAUUGUUCCUUUCAGAUCAUGAACAAACUAUAUGUUGGGAAUUUAAGUCCUUCGGUUACUGUCGAGGACUUGAAGGAGCUCUUUGGGGAGAGGAAGCUGCCAGUGGCCGACCAGGUCCUGCUCAAAUCCGGCUAUGCUUUUGUGGACUUUCCCGACCAGAACUCGGCCAUAAAGGCAAUAGAGACUCUUUCUGGUAAAGUUGAAUUACACGGAAAGGUGAUAGAGGUAGACUACUCAGUUCCCAAAAAACUAAGGAGUCGGAAGAUCCAGAUCCGGAACAUUCCCCCUCAUCUACAGUGGGAGGUUUUGGACAGCCUUCUAGCUCAGUAUGGUACUGUAGAAAAUGUGGAACAAGUGAACACGGACACAGAAACAGCGGUGGUGAAUGUUACGUACGCAACCAAGGAGGAAGCUAAAGAAGCUAUUGAGAAGUUAACGGGACACCAGUUCGAAGACUACUCUUUCAAGGUGUCAUAUAUUGUGGACAUGGAUGCUGCUCCGCCCGACCAGGCUCCGCGCACGAGACGCGGGGGGCGGUCGUCCCGGGACCAGGGAAACUCUCAGCCCGGGCCCUCUGGAGACUUUGGCGCUCCACGCACCAGACAGCACGACUUUCCUUUGCGCAUGCUCGUGCCUACACAGUUUGUGGGAGCCAUCAUUGGCAAGGAGGGCCUCACCAUCAAGAAUGUCACCAAACAGACACAGUCCAAAGUGGACAUCCAUCGGAAGGAAAAUGCAGGCGCGGCAGAGAAGCCCAUCACCAUCCACUCAACUCCCGAUGGCUGCUCCUCCGCCUGUCGCAUGAUCCUGGACAUCAUGCAGAAGGAAGCCAGCGAGACCAAGACGACGGAGGACAUCCCUCUGAAGAUCCUCGCCCACAACAGCCUCGUGGGCCGACUGAUUGGAAAGGAGGGCCGCAACCUGAAGAAGAUCGAGGAGGAGACAGGGACCAAGAUUGCCAUCUCCUCGUUACAAGACUUAACCAUUUACAACCCUGAGAGGACCAUCAUGGUGAAGGGCAGCUUGGAGGCGAGUUGUAAAGCCGAGGUGGAGAUCAUGAAGAAACUGAGGGAAGCCUACGAGAAUGACAUUGCUGCUAUAAACCUUUCAACUUGUGGUUACAAUUCUUCUUCUGCACAGCAACAGGCCAACCUUAUCCCAGGCUUGAACCUGAAUGCUCUGGGCAUCUUCUCCUCUGGUCUGCCGGUUCUGCCCCAUUCUGCUGGACCACGUGGUUUAGUGCCCCCUAUGGCACCAGCUGGAUACAACCCAUUCAUGAGUCACUCUUCACAUUUCAGUGGCCUGUACGGGGUUCCUCCAGCAAGUGCCAUCACCCACCAGCACUCACAACAGGCUCCAGAACAGGAGGUCGUCUACCUCUUUAUUCCAACUCAGGCAGUCGGGGCCUUGAUCGGCAAGAAGGGCCAGCACAUCAAACAACUCGCCCACUUCGCUGGAGCUUCCAUCAAGAUUGCCCCAGCGGAGAGCCCAGAUGUUACUGAAAGGAUGGUUAUCAUUACUGGAACCCCAGAGGCUCAGUUUAAGGCCCAGGGUCGAAUAUUUGGGAAGCUGAAAGAGGAGAACUUCUUCUCAGCGAAGGAGGAGGUCAAACUGGAGACGCACAUCAAGGUUCCCUCAACUGCAGCUGGAAGGGUCAUCGGUAAAGGCGGCAAAACAGUAAACGAGCUGCAGAACCUUACGAGUGCUGAGGUCAUCGUACCUCGGGACCAAACUCCAGACGAGAACGACGAGGUCUUUGUGAAAAUCAGCGGUCAUUUCUUUGCCAGCCAGACUGCACAGAGAAAGAUCCGGGAGAUCAUUCUGCAGGUCAAACAGCAGGAACAGAAGCACCAGCAGGCCGGCACUGUGUCACCGCACCACUCCAAGUGACCAGCGGGGUGGCUCCAGCGGGCGCCAGCCAAUGAAUGUAGCCCUCCCAAACAGACAGAGAACUACCCAGACAAAGGCCGAGGCCAAGGGGGACAUGCAGGGCAGACCAGCAGCACCGGGAUCAAAACCAAAGAACUUCACUAGGGUGGGAAACAAGGGAGAGCCAAAGGCUGAGGGCAUUGUGUGCACUGCCAGCCCUGUGAGAGCAGAUAGAGUGGGAGAAACCAUACUGAUAGAAUAUAAUAAUAAAAGACCAAAAAAAAAAAGAAAAGGUAGAAAUGGCAGAGAAUUUGGCACCUGUUGUUCUUACAGUUAAACAGGAAAUAGUAUGUUGCCCUGCAUAACGUUAUCUCUUUAGUUGGACUAACAUAGGCCUAACAAACUGAUAAAAGCAUCGGUAUUAACAUGAGCAUAUCCGAGGCAUUAUGAUUAUUAUUUUGGGUUAGAAUGAAAGCGAGUGACAAUGGACACCUUCUCUCACACGAGUUUGAGAUAUUCAGAUUGCAAAAUUAAAUAUCCUUAGCAGUAUUAACACAGCGUAGAUAAGUAUAUUGAUACACACUGAGAGUAUGCACUGUUAUUUUGUGAUUUUGCAGUGCAACUUGGUGUAGUUUUUAAUAUUUGUACUUGUUCUAGAGAUUGAUUAGGCUGUGACAGCCACAUAGAGCAGUUUCCCUGGUUUGAUCACAUUAUAGGCCACUGAAAUCAAAAAGAAAAAAUCCCUCUAUAAGUAAAUAUGGUGAAUGGGUCUUUGUAACAAGCCUGUGUGUGCCAACGUAAAAGAUAACGUCCCUUUGAAAUGUCUCUCACCAUUCAUAUCUGAUGCUUUACUUCUUUUUUUGUUUACUUUCUUUUCUGCUAAUUUUUGCUUCACUUUCUAAUCACUCUCUCUUUCAUUUGGCAUGUUUUUUUUUUAAUAGGAUGAAAAUAUUUGUUGUCAAGAAACAAUUUUUUUUUUUUUACCCCAUAGCCUUUUGAUAACAUUGAACUGACUGCCACUUUCACUCAGAGGUGACAUACAACAGAGGGAUUUGUAUCACUCUUCCAUAAUGUGCAGUAGAUUACAUCUACAUUCAUGCUUGUUGUCCUGAUGAAUCUCUGAAGGCAUUCUCCUCAGUGAUCAGGGCAGAAAGUCUUUAAAAGAAAUGGUAUGCAACUUUGCUUGUUAACAGGUGACCAGUCAUUUUGAAUGUGUACUCCCACCCACCCUGCCUUAUAAGGAUGUCUCGAGGGCCGACACAAAAUAUGAACUGAGGGCCCAGAGAGGAGACGUGGGCUUAAGGGGGGCUGGGAUGGCAGUGUGCAGACUCGGGGUGUGUGGAGUGGCAGUGAGGAAACGGUUUUGGCUAGAGGAUGGGUGGUGGGUGGGGUUGGGGAGGCCCCGGGAGGAACUGUACGACCUGUGGUACACACACGGCCGCAAACGUGACCGUGGCCGCGUUUGGCUUCAACCCUCUCUCGUCAGGGAGCUUUCUAAAACGGCGUGACAGCUGUGAAUGUACCAUGCGCAGCCUUUUUAGAAGCAUCACCCCUGCCGUGUCCAGAGGCACAGAUUGUCAUUGUCCUCAUCACUCUCGCUAUUUUUUGUUAACUUUUCUUUUGUGUUUCUUCUCUUUUGGCGAGCUGGAGCUGGACACGCAGGUCUUGGUGUCCCUUUGUGCUUUACUUUGGAGACCAUGGAAGCUUGUUGCCUUAUUUUGUCACCUUUCAGACAUCACCCAUCAGCUUCAUCUUCCAGACGCAAGGUUAUUGCCAAUACGCACAGCUUCCUCUGUGUGUGUGCGUGUGUGCAUGUGUGUGCGUGUGUGUGUAUAUAUAUAUAAAAAGAGAGAGUAAUAUUUAUGAAUCUAUUUUUUUCCUAUUUUGUGAUGAGAGCUAUUGAUAAGAAACAAAAAGAAAACAAAGUCCUUUUCUUUUUUUCCUCAGUGGGACACUGCCAUAUUAUUUUGAAGGGAAGUGUUUAUUUUCUUGAAAACUAGACUAUGAAUAAUAAUAUAAAUAAAAACCUGAAAAAAUAGAACAGUGAAGUGAACCACCGCAUUAACUUUGGUCAGGAUGUGAACAGUGCGCAUGUCAGUAUUGUGAUCUACCUCAGGCUUCAGGGUACCUCAGUCCAAUCUUUCAUUUCCCCCUUUUCCACAUUUUGUAUGCCUUGUUAACUGAUCAUUUGAGCGUUUUUAAAUUUUCUUUUUUAAUGAAAAAAAAAAAGAACGAGACAAAAGAUCUACAGUAGGCUAAUCACUAAACUCUUCAGGUCCAGCCAACUAGUAAAGCUUUGUAAACCGUAGUCAACUCUGUUGGACUGUCUUUGCCUGGACACCCUACAACCUCUUAAUGAUACACGUCAAAAGGAUUUCCAAGUAAAUCUUUGCUAGAAAGGAAUGAAGAGCAGGAUGUAAGGGCUUGCCCGAAGUGGUUCUGAAUGUGGAUGUUGUGUACUGAUUUCACCAUCAAAGAAAAACAAAAAAAGAUACAAAUCAGUUGAUAGAAACAGAGACUAACCAACUGUACCUCCAUGUUUUUUUUUUAGACAUUUAAAAAAAAAGAAUAAUAAAAAAAAAAAGAAGUGUGUUCACUUGUGAAAAAUAAAUAUUUUUUUUU